CAUCCAAGCUGCCAUCCCCUCCGGCUACCAGUCAUCUGCAAACCCAACAGACCUGGAAUCCGGUGCCCAAUGGCACGUCUUACCGGGGCCGAACACCUCCCCGACAAUUGCCGGAGAUGGAGCUGCCGCCGUCUUCUCGGAAGCGCAGUUGGGAUGACGCAGGCGAGGAGCAUCCCAGCAAGCGCGUGGCCGUGUCGAACAACACCUAUUCGGCUCCGGUUUGCACGAUGGCUCCUGCGAGCACGGCCGUUCCCGUGCUGCCGCCAGUCGUGAGCACGGGCACGAUGCCGGUGCCAACCAUCGCUGUGCCUGCUCCCCGUCUUCCCCGACCCAACAACUAUCAACCUCCCUCGACCUCCAUGGUCCCGACUGCCGUGCCGCCGCCGCCUACUGUUUCUCAGCUCCCUCUGCCCAACGUGCGGGCCAUGUCUUCGGUCUACAACCCCCCGACGACGUGGCCUCAACAGCAGAUACCUGCAACAACGACGACCGCGGCACCCGUACCCACGGCUGCUCCUUUGUACAACCCGGCGGUCUCAGUCUCCGAUGCUGGACGGCGCCAGAGUCCAUUCCCCGUGACCACCUCGACGAGUACCAUCUCUCCUUCCUCCUCCUUUACUGCCCACACCUCUCAGAACCAUCUCUCACCGUCGUUUUUCUUGGUCAACCGGCACUCGCCGUAUCGGCCUGUUCGUGCGGUCAAUACGCUCCUGAUUCCUCCGCCGUCGACAUCUCUUCAUCAGCCGCGGAACCUGUCUGUGGACCAGAUGCAUUACCAGCCACUUGGCAAGAGUGUGUCUGAACGGAGGACGGGUGUGCUGCCAUAUGUUCAUCAGGAGGCAUGGCCACAGGGGCCGAUUGCGCAGCCGAACUUUCUUCCUAGUCAGACGUACUCCACCUGA